AUGUCCUGGAAAGACAAUUUUGGUUUCACAGACCGGCUGCGAGCCAUACAGUCUCUCACAGCGGCUUAUCAAAAAGCUUCUUCUUCACCUGCCUCCGCAUUUGCAGAAGCUAUGGCCCAAGCAAAGCGGGUUGAAACCGAGGCGUAUGACAAGGCGACCUCAAAAAGUGAAUAUGAUUCCAUCUGCCAACAGGCAAUUGAUGAAGCUGAAUUGGCAGUGUCCACAGAGCUCAUCCCUAGCAGUCUGCAGCAUGCCGAGGAUGACCAUGAAGAAUUGGAGACCUCGACCGGUGAAGUGAUCGGCCAGUAUCAGUCUUGUUUUGGUCAUUAUGAUGGUCUGCACUCCUCUAUCUACAAAUCGAAGUUGGAAGAUGGGACUGUUCGAGCAGUGAAAGUCACCAUUCCUCAUAUGAUGACAGCCCCGCAUGACGCUCACCGAGAAGCACGGUUGCUGCGCGAAGCUUCCCACCCCCAUAUAAUUCCAUUACUCGAGACGUUUAACCUUGAUGGUGGACGAUUUGUCUUGGUCUUCCCUUUUGUGCGAUAUGACUUUGAGAAAUUGCUCCGGCGUGACAUGGUAACUGCUGCUCAAACACGAUCGAUUCUGCGAGACCUAUUCCAUGCCCUUGCCCAUCUUCACAGCAUGGGUAUACUUCAUAGGGACAUCAAGCCCUCUAAUCUUCUGAUGGACUCUCCCAACGGACCAGCCUACUUGGCAGACUUUGGCGUUUCAUGGAAAGAAGGCGAUCCGGGAUCUGAGCCAUCCACGCAGAAAAUCACGGAUGUGGGCACAACCUGCUAUCGACCCCCAGAGAUCCUCUUUGGUUUCAAAGAGUAUGGAACAUCCCUGGACAUGUGGGCUGCUGGCUGUGUAGUGGCAGAAGCCAUUGCAGUCGGCCACCACCAGCUCUUCGACUCUGGGCCUGUGGGCAGCGAUUUAUCGCUGAUUUUCUCCAUAUUCAAGCUACUAGGCACUCCAGAUGAACGGCGCUGGCCGGGAGUGAAGGUUUUGCCAGAUUGGGGGAAAGUAGAAUUCCACUCGUUCCCCACGCAGAACUGGGAGGAUAUCCUUCCGGGUGCAUCUUCGAAUGGCCGUGACUUAGUCAGCCGCUUAUUGUGUUACGAAAGCAGUGAAAGACUCUCGGCAGCCGAGGCCCUUGCCCAUCCAUAUUUUGCUCAGACUUGA